CCCGCUUGAUGGACCUCGUCUCGCUCUCUUUCCUCUACCUCUCCAGCGCGUUGCUCUCGCGGCCCGCGCUGCUGCCGGUAAGCGCCGUGUCUCGGUCACGUGCGCCCCUGUGCCGCGCCCCGCCUCACGGCUCACACGGCGAGCCGCCGCAGCAACCGUCGUCAGAGGCCGAGGCCAAGGCUGCGUGGCUAGCCGGCCGGCGCCAGCCGCUGGCCGGGAACGCGGCCGUGCCGCCUCCGCCCGCGCCUGCUCCACCCGCACCACCAGCCCACGGCGGUCUCGAGAUGCUCAAGUCUGCAAUCGAGGCUGCAGAAGCGAGGACGGCGUGGCUGGCCAGGCAGGAGCCGCAGCCGCCGGCGCUCGGACAGCCGCCACCGCUCGCGCCGCCUCCGCUGUCCUUUCCGACCCCGGCCGCAGUGCCUGCGGUCCCGCCGCCGCAGUCCGCCCCGCCCCCGCCCGCCGCGGUCAUGGCGCCGCUGCCCGCCUUUCCUGGCCCGCCCGCGCCUGCGGUGAUGGCGCCCCCGCCGUCGGUGCCAGACCUGCCUGUCCCUUCCGAGGCAGACGCAAAGGCGGCCUGGCUCUCCAGUCGAGGUCCGCCAGCCGCGCUACCCCAGCCACCGGUUCCGCCGCCCGCGCCCGCCCCGCCGCCGCUGGCCGGCGGCCUCGACUCGCUGAUGUCGACCAUCCGUGAGUCGGCGGCCAAGGCGUCUUGGCUGGCGCGGCAGGACCCGCCGCCACCGCCGCCGCCGCCGCCACCGCCGCCGCCGCCACCGCCGCCGCCGCUGCCGACGCCGCCGACGCCGACGCCGCCGCCGCCGACGCCGCCGUUUCCCGUCGCGCCUCCUCUGCCCCCGCCAGUGAUGGCGCCGCCUCCGACGGAGGUGGACCUGCCGCCGCGGCCCUCGGAGGCAGGGGUCGCGGGCGGUGGCUGGCCAGGCGGGCAGGGCUUGUCGUCGCAGCAGGAGACUGCUUUCCCGGGGCAGGCCCCGGCCUCUCACGAGGGGCAGCAGCAGCAGGGGCAGGGGCAGGGGCAGCAGGGGCAGGGGCAGGGGCGGCAGGAGGAGGUUCAGUCUCCGAUCGAGGUGCUGCGCGGCCGCAUGGGGGAGCAGGAGGCGGCCGGCGCGGCGUCGGGGCCGCAGCCGGGCGCUGGCCACGAGCAGCGCAAGGCGCAGGGCGCGAGGAGGGCCGUCUUUCGCAACUCGCAGCUGCCGUACAACGGCGACCUGCAGGCCGCGAUGAAGGCGGGGGACCGAGACGCGAUCCGCGCGCUGAUGGCCGCGCGCGACCGGAAGAAGCACGAUUGGAUGCCCGCGCCGGGAGAGGAGGUGCCCCUGCCGGGCCGCGAGGAGGAGUACGAGGCCUUCAAGGCGGCGCAGGCGGCCAUGCCGAUGGCGGAGGAGCCCGCCUACGCGCCGCCGCCGAUCGACGCCGAGCGGCGCAGCCGCUCGCCCGGCCUGCAAAACAACUUUUACGACAAGUCGACGGCGGACUUCAAGCGGCCCUACGGGGUGCGUGGCGCGCCGCCCGAUGCGCCGCCGCCCGUCGUGGCUGCUGGCGUCGGCGGCGUCGACUCAACGAGGGACGACGCGCCGCCCGCCUACGGCGCCGAGGCCCAGACGCCUGGCAACGCCGCCGCCGCCGCCGCCGCCGCUGCCAACGCCGCCGCCGCAGCUAAGGCCGCAAGCGACCACGCGCUUGCCCAGCAUCGGAGGAAUCGGAUGAAGAAUGGGGCGGCGGCGGCCAUGUCGCGCCCCGCGCCCCGCCCCGUCUCCCGCCAGCCGUUGCAGCCCGCCGCCGCUCUGCCGUCGCCCCCGCCCCCGUUUCCUGCUCCUCCUCCUGCUCCUCAAGGCAACCCACCGGUCCAGCCAAGCCUGGGAUACUCCCUCUCGCAGCCAAGCGAGGAGACCCCGAUGCCGGGACGAGAGAAGGAGUACGAGGCCUUCAAGGCGGCGCAGGCGGCGAGCGGCCAGGCCCCGGGCGGACCCGCCUACGCGCCGCCGCCGAUCGACGCCGAGCGGCGCAGCCGCUCUCCCGGGCUGCAGAACAACUUCUACGAGGUGUCGACGGCGGACUUCAAGCGGCCCUACGGGAUGUCGCCCGCGGCCCCGGAAGCGCCGCCCGCGGAUGCCGGCGACGCCGGCGCCGGCUCGACGAGAGACAACGCGCCGCUCUCCUACGGCGCCGAGACUCCGAUGCCCGGCCGCGAGGGCGAGUACGAGGCCUUCCAGGCGCAGGGCGGCGCUGGGGCUGCAGCGGGGCGUUCGCACAUGCCGCCGCCGAUCGACGCCGAGCGGCGCAGCCGCUCGCCCGGCCUGCAAAACAACUUUUACGACAUCCCUACGGCGGACUUCAAGCGGCCGCACGGCGUUGCGCCAGGUGCCGCACCGCCCGCCGCUCCGCCGUCUGUCGCGGCUGUCGGCUCGACGAGAGACAACGCAACGCCAGCCUACGGCGCCGAGACUCCGAUGCCCGGCCGCGAGGGCGAGUACGAGGCCUUCCAGGCGCAGGGCGGCGCUGGGGCUCCGGACGGACCCGCCUACGCGCCGCCGCCGAUUGACGCCGAGCGGCGCAGCCGUUCGCCCGGCUUGCAAAACAACUUUUACGACAUCCCUACGGCGGACUUCAAGCGGCCGCACGGCGUGGCACCGGGUGCGGCGCCCGCCGCUCCGCCGUCCGCAGCGACGAGAGACAACGCAACGCCUUCCUACGGGGCCGGGAGGGAGGGCGAGGCCUUCCAGGCGCAGGGCGGCGCGGCGGUACCGGCCAGCGCGCCGCCGCCGAUCGACGCCGAGCGGCGCAGCCGCUCGCCCGGCUUGCAAAACAACUUCUACGACAAGUCGACGGCGGACUUCAAGCGGCCGCACGGCGUUGCGCCAGGUGCCGCGCCGCCCGCGGCGAGCGUCGGCGAGAGUGCUCUGCCGCCGGCUGGAUACGUCAGCGGAGGCGGCCAUGCACCCCAGCCCGUCGGCGGGACGGGUAUUCCGGCCCACGCAGCCGCCCCGGCCAGCGGCAUGCCGCCGGAGCAUGUCACCCGCGACGCCUCGCCGGCCGCCCCGCCAGUCUCGGACGCGAACGGAGCGCUCCUCGAGAGCAUCUGCAAGACCAUCGACGCGCUCGCCGCCGUCACGGCCGGGGAUGAGGAGGCGGCGCGCCUUCACCUCGAGGCCAUUCAGCGGCACGCGGAGAGGUCGUUGCGGAGGCGCGGCGGUGCAGGGGGCGGCGGCGGUGGAGGGGGAGGAGGUGAUUGGGGCGCGGAUGGCGACGCCACCGAUCGCCGAUGA